AUGCCUGUCAGACGUCCAUCGACACCCACCCCAGCCGCGCGCCCGAAGGCAAGACCGCAACAGGGGACGAGAUCAUCACCGCUCUCUAUACAGAUACUCCAAAUGGAGUAUCCGCCCUCCUUGCGGAGAGGUCGAGAGCAACCAGAGUUCUUCACUCUAGGGCGUCGAGGAUAUAACUCAUCAACCAGGGUGGGAUCUGUGGCUCCUUUAGGGAACCAAGAGAGGGUCGAAUACUAUAGAAAUGAUUCUCCUGUUGAAAGUGGUUAA